AUGGGCCACUACGUCACUCUCGCAACAUGCAACCUGAACCAAUGGGCUCUUGACUUUGAGGGUAACCGAGACCGAAUCCUCGAGUCUAUUCGAGAGGCCAAGCGACAAGGAGCUUCUCUUCGAGUGGGUCCCGAACUUGAAAUCACUGGCUACGGAUGUCUGGAUCACUUUCUCGAGGGUGAUCUGUAUCUGCACUCGUGGGAGGUCUACGCCGAGAUCCUCGAACACCCCGACACCAGCGACAUCAUUCUCGACAUUGGAAUGCCCGUCAUGCACAAGAAUGUCAAGUACAAUUGUCGAGUCAUCUCCUACAACCGGGAGAUUCUGCUGAUCCGACCCAAGCUGUCCCUUGCCAACGACGGUAACUACAGAGAGAUGCGAUACUUUACCCCCUGGCCUAAGGCACGAUACGUGGAAGACUACACUCUACCUCGAUUUGUGCAGAAUGUCUGUGCCAACGAGUCUGCUAUUGUGCCGUUUGGUGAUUGUGUCCUUUCCACCAAGGACGCCGUGAUCGGUUUUGAGACCUGUGAGGAGCUGUUCACGCCCCAGUCGCCCCACAUUGGCAUGUCUCUCGAUGGUGUGGAGAUCUUCACCAACUCCUCCGGAUCCCACCACGAGCUGCGAAAGCUCAACACCCGAAUGGAGCUGAUCCGAGAAGCCACUGCCAAGUGUGGAGGCAUCUACUUGUAUGCUAACCAACGAGGAUGCGAUGGUGACCGUCUCUAUUACGAUGGAUGUGCCGUUAUUGCUGUCAAUGGUGAAGUUGUUGCCCAGGGAUCUCAGUUCAGUCUGGAUGAUGUCGAGGUUGUGUCCGCCACUCUUGAUCUGGAGGCUGUGCGAUCCUACAGAGCUUCGAAGAUCAGUCAGUGCAUGCAGGCAGCCAACUCGCCUUGUUACGCCCGGGUCACCUGCAAGGCGGAGUUGUCUCCUUCCUCUGUCACCUUUGACUCUGAGGUGUACCCCACCCCGACCCGAGAGAUCAGAUAUCACUCUCCCGAAGAGGAGAUCGCUCUGGGACCCGCAUGCUGGAUGUGGGACUACGUACGACGAUGUCGAGCAGCUGGAUUUUUCGUCCCCCUGUCUGGAGGUAUUGAUUCUUGUGCCACCGCCACCAUCGUCUACUCCAUGUGUGUGCUUGUGGCGGAUGCUGCCAACAACGGCAACGAGCAGGUCAUCAAGGACGCUCGGGUCGUCACUGGUGACCCCGACUUCGUCCCCACUGAUCCCAAGGAGCUCUGUAACCGAAUCUUCCACACGUGUUUCAUGGGAACCGAAAACUCCUCCAAGGACACCCGAAGCCGAGCCAAGGACCUGGCUGCAGCCAUUGGCGCCUACCACACCGAUCUUAACAUGGACUCUGUUGUUUCUGCCGUGAGAGGUCUGUUUGAGACUGUCACCGGCAAGCGACCCAUCUUCAAGGUCCACGGAGGCUCUGCCACCGAGAACUUGGCUCUUCAAAACAUCCAGGCUCGUCUGAGAAUGGUUUUGGCCUAUCUUUUUGCCCAGCUCCUCCCCUGGUGCCGAGGCCGUGCCGGAGGACUGUUGGUACUUGGUUCUGCCAACGUGGACGAGACUCUGCGAGGUUACCUGACGAAGUACGAUUGUUCUUCCGCCGAUAUCAACCCCAUUGGUGGUAUUUCCAAGACCGAUCUCAAGAAGUUCAUCGCUUAUGCUGAGCACAAGUUUGAUCUGCCUAUUCUGAAUGACUUCCUUACUGCUGUUCCUACCGCUGAACUCGAGCCUAUCACUAAGGAUUACGUUCAGAGUGAUGAAGUAGAUAUGGGCAUGACCUACGACGAGCUGUCUGUAUUUGGUCGUCUCCGAAAGGUCGAAAAGUGUGGACCAUACUCUAUGUUUAUCAAGCUCUAUCACGAGUGGACCCCCCGGCUGUCUGCUGAACAGAUUGCUGCCAAGGUGAAGCGAUUUUUCUGGUUCUACGCCGUCAACCGGCACAAGACCACUGUUCUCACUCCUUCUUACCACGCUGAGCAGUACUCUCCCGAUGACAACCGGUUCGAUCUUCGACCUUUUCUCAUCAACCCUGGCUUCUCGUGGGCCUCCAAGAAGAUUGAUGCCAUUGUCAAAUCUCUGGAGACCAAGAAAAAGGAGGAUUAG